CAGGAAGAGCAACUCCGGCGCACAUUAGCAGAGAAAAGACAGAGACACUACCGUGCGCUUCUGGAUGCGGUGGAGAAAUCGGUAUUCAGAAGAUUAAGAGAGAGGGAGGCAGAUGUGGAAAAGGCAACUCGUCGAAACGCCGAGUUAGAAGCACGAGCCGCCCAGCUUAGCAUCGAGGCACAAGUCUGGCAAGCCAAAGCUAGGGCACAAGAAGCCACCGCCGUAUCUUUGCAGGCACAACUACAACGAGCGAUGUCCAGCGGCGGCGGAGGUGGAGGCGGAGGCGACGGAGGAGAUGGCGGCACCGCCGAUGAUGCCGAGUCGGCUCACAUUGACCCGGACCGAGUCGCCAUUUUGGGACCGAGUUGCAGAGAGUGUAGAAAGCGCUUGGCGUCGGUGGUGCUUUUGCCGUGCCGUCAUCUCUGCCUCUGUACAGACUGUGAUCGAGUGGCUCAGACUUGCCCGUUGUGCCACAUUCAGCGAAGCUCCAGCGUAGAGGUCUUUCUCUCGUAGGGCCCAAUCCCAC